CAUCCUCCGCCGCACGCACCGCAAUACUCCUCAACGCCUCUCCUCCUCCAGAUCCCGAUGCCUAGGCUCCAUGGCUGCCCUCGUCCCUACCUCCAGUCUCUCCGCCCUCUAGCUCAAGAUCGCAAGCGCACAUAAAGCCAUGGAGCCUGCAGCCGAGGACACCACAUCUGCCAUGCCAAACUCGUGGGAGACGGCCGACAUCGAUGCUCACAUGAGCCGACUCAUCCUCUCCGCGUGUCGUGUGUCCUCCCCGCUGGACCUCGCCUUCUCCAUGAAGAAGACAGUCACCUCCGUUACCCGAGGAUAGAUCGCGGGCCGACCCGACCCCUCCAUCACCAAUCGGCGCUGGCGGCAUCUAUUCCCCACUGGAUAUGCGGGCGAGAACAUCAUCCCGGUGGACGGUGGUCAAGCGGCGGUGUCCUCGAGAAGCAGAGCCUCCGGCACAGCUCCAACCUCUUCCUUCGACUUCGACCAAAUCCAUGAACUACAGAUUCAUCCGUCGACGGCAGCCCAAUCAGGAACCAACGGACCAAUCCAUUGUUUUGCCUUUUGAGGUCCAAGACAAUAAUUUGCUGUCUUCAGAAACUUGUGUCCAUUUCCUCCUCAAAUUGUUAAACCCUCCGGUGAAUGUUGUUGAUGCCAAAGCACCAUCAAUAGGUUCCAAACUUCUUGGAAUCGGUAAAUUUCAGAUGCUUAACGGUUCCAAUAAGGAUGUGGACUCUUGUUCAGAGGACAUACUUUCAAAAGUUGAAGAAAUCUUCUUAAGCUGCAAAGAGAUCAAACCAGCAGACAGGGAUUAUAAGAGAACAACAAGGCCGGAACUAUGUUCAAAGUGGCUUGCUUUGUUGACAAUGGAAAAGGCGUGCUUGUCUGUUGUUGCAUUAGAGGAUACAUCUGACAUGGUGUUAGAACUCGGAGGAAAUUUCAAAGAAACAUUAAGGCAGUUGGGUGGCCUUGAUGAUAUUUUUAAUGUCAUGGUGAAUUGCCAUUCAGAACUGGAGGUAAGACCUUAUUUGUGUGUAUGUAUGUUCUCUAACAGUUUAUACAAAACUAUUAAAUUGGCAUUAUUUGUUAUUUUGUUCUGCUAUGGUAAAGGAUGGUUAACUUUUGAGCCUUGUACAAUUCAUGCUCCAGUAUACUUGGAGCUGCAAUCUGAUGAAUAUUAUUUUGAGCAACAUGAAAAACAUGUUGCAAGACAAGGAUAUGUUGCAGUAAUUGCUUUGGUUGAAAUGUUUUAGAUUUCAAAUGUACUGUUGGGUUUGUGUUGGGUUUCAACUCUAGCCUACCCCAACUUGCUCGGGACUA